GAGAGGACCAGGGCUUACACCAGAGAAGAGGAAUCAGGCUUUGGAACUGACCUUCAGAGCUCCUCUCCCUCCAGCACCAUGCCUUACAACUGCUGUCUGCCCAACCUGAGCUGCCGCUCCACCUUCUCCGCCCGGCCCUGCGUGCCCCCCAGCUGUCGCAGCUGCACCCUGCCCGGGGCCUGCAACAUCCCCGCCAACGUGGGCAGCUGCAGCUGGUUCUGCGAGGGCUCCUUCAAUGGCAGCGAGAAGGAGACCAUGCAGUUCCUGAACGACCGCCUGGCCAGCUACCUGGAGAAGGUGCGCCAGCUGGAGCGGGAGAACGCGGAGCUGGAGAGCCGCAUCCGGGAGCGGAGCCAGCAGCAGGAGCCGGAAGUGUGCGCCAACUACCAGUCCUACUUCCGCACCAUCGAGGCGCUCCAGCAGAAGAUCCUGUCCAGCAAGGCAGAGAACGCCAGGCUGGUGGUGCAGAUUGACAAUGCCAAGCUGGCUGCAGACGACUUCAGAACCAAGUAUGAGACGGAGCUGGGCUUGCGGCAGCUGGUGGAAUCGGACAUCAAUGGCCUGCGCAGGAUCCUGGACGAGCUGACCCUGUGCAGGUCUGACCUGGAGGCCCAGGUGGAGUCCCUGAGGGAGGAGCUGAUCUCCCUCAAGCAGAACCACGAGCAGGAAGUCAACUCCCUGCGUAGCCAGCUUGGAGACCGCCUCAACAUCGAGGUGGACGCGGCCCCCACCGUGGACCUGAACCGUGUGCUCAACGAGACCAGGAGUCAGUAUGAGGCCCUGGUGGAGACCAACCGCAGGGACGUGGAGGAAUGGUUCACCACCCAGCUGUCCCAGGUGCAGGGCCUGAUCACCAGCGUGGAGUCCCAGCUGGCGGAGAUCAGGAGUGACCUUGAGCGUCAGAACCAGGAGUACCAGGUGCUGCUGGACGUCCGGGCCCGGCUGGAGAGUGAGAUCAACACGUACCGGGGCCUGCUGGAGAGCGAGGACUGCAAGCUGCCCAGCAACCCUUGCGCCACGAGCAACGUGGGUGACAGGUCCUGCAUCACCAAUCCCUGCAUCCCUUGUGGCCCCCGCCCCCGCUGUGGCCCCUGCAACACCUUUGGGUGCUAGAUACCCCAGCAGGAGGGGCCAGCAGGAGGGUUGCAUGAAGACAGAAGGACCAUCGAUGGACCAGCCCUGCUUCUCUGACAACCAUCAGCCACAGGACCCACCCCAGGCAUCACCAUAAAUUAUAGUCUGGAAGGAGAACAAAUGCCCAGGGUGUGGCCCAGCUCUGAGCCCAGGCCCACCUGAUCCUCUUCAUCAAGGCUGCUCUCUUGUAGUUAUUCUGUGACCUGAUGGUCUGACAGGUUUGGGCUGUGAAGGUGUCAUACGAGAUGUUUUGUGGUUCUCUCUGCUGCUUUCUUGUAGUUCCCCAAAUCCCUUUCUGAAUCUCCUAAUAAAUUUUCCUCUUGCAAAGCA